GCAGUUGACGGGGGAACCGAAACUCCGAAACGCGGGAAAGCCAAGCGGCCCUUAAGCGGAACUAAUAAAGCAAAACUGCCUUCUGCCUGAGCUCAUCCCCCUCCAGUCCUUUUCUAGCGCUUCCUGAAGGAAAUGUUCCUGGACAUUACCACUAGUUUAACCAUAAUCAGAUAUGCUGGGAACACGCUUUCUAGAAAGAGAACAUAGAAAGUCGAACCAACAGAACGUAAUUAAAGAGUACUGCUCUUCCACAGGAGGCCUACACACCGCCACUGGGGCCGCCACCAUGUCUCUAGUGAUCCCUGAGAAGUUCCAGCACAUUUUGCGAGUACUCAACACCAAUAUCGAUGGGCGGCAGAAAAUAGCCUUUGCCAUCACUGCACUUAAGGGUGUGGGGCGAAGAUAUGCUCAUGUAGUGUUGAGGAAAGCAGACAUCGAUCUCACCAAAAGGGCCGGAGAGCUCACUGAGGAUGAGGUGGAAUGUGUGAUCACCAUUAUGCAGAAUCCUCGCCAGUAUAAGAUCCCAGACUGGUUUUUGAACAGACAAAAGGACGUGAAGGAUGGAAAGUACAGCCAGGUCCUGGCCAAUGGUCUGGACAACAAACUUCGUGAAGACCUGGAGAGACUAAAGAAAAUUAGGGCCCACAGAGGGCUGUGCCACUUCUGGGGACUUCGUGUCCGAGGCCAGCACAUCAAGACCACAGGGCGCCGUGGCCGCACCGUGGGUGUGUCCAAGAAGAAAUAAAUUUGUAGGCCUUGUCUGUUAAUAAAAUAGUUUAUACACCUA